CUUGCAUGGCAAGCUUGUCAAACCGGUGUUGGAGCCUGCAGGGGAGCUGACACAGUUCAGACCGCCAGGAGAAACCCACCUGUGUCACCGCCUAUGAGGUGUGUAGUCCUUUCAAACAAUCGGUUUCCUGCGAUUCCAAGUCCAGUCUUUGCGUAAGUGCGCACAUGGAAAGUGCCAGCAGCUUCAGAUGAAACGGUGCAUCAACUGAAACAACGAAAGUGCAGAUCUGACUGCGUGAAAACGAAAGUUAACUAGUUAGAAAGGAUGGAAACGAAUGGCAUCGAAAGGAAACCUGGCAUGGAGAGCGAUCGGGAUCUUCAGUUCCUCCUGCAGGGAGGAGACCUCCUGAAGGUCCGCUCCCAGCACUGGAAGAAGACCCGCUAUUUUAGACUGCAGGAGGACUGCAAAACCAUGUGGCACGAGUCGAAGAAAACCUUCAGGAGAAAGCAUACCUGUGAGUGCUUUCCCAGCACCCCACCUACAUUUUCACUCGAUGACAUCUCGGCGGUGCGGUUGGGCCGUCAGUCGGAGGGCCUGAGGAAGAACACAGAGGAACAAGUGGAGGGCCGCUGCUUCUCCAUCAUGUUUAAGGGCCGACGCAAGACUCUAGACCUGAUCGCCAGCUCGGAGGAGGAGGCCAAGCAGUGGGUGAACAGUCUGGAGAAAAUGUUAAAGAGCAUCAGCAACCUGACCCGGCAGCAGAAGACGGAGCAUUGGAUCUAUAGCUGCCUGAGGAAAGCAGACAAGGACAAAGAUGACAAGCUGAGUGAGUCUGAGCUCAAAAACUUCCUACGAUUGAUCAACAUCGAUGUGGAUGAUGAAUAUGCAGAGGAGCUUUUCCAGCAAUGUGACAAGUCUAAAUCUGGCUACCUGUCUGGAGAAGAGAUUGAGCAUUUUUAUGACCUGCUGACCCAUCGGGAGGAGAUCGAUGUGAUCUAUGGAGAGUAUGCUAAAACCAAAGGUUCCAUGGGUCCUGACAACCUGGUGGAUUUCCUGAUGAAGGAGCAGAGAGAGAAAGCAACGCUGGCUGAUGCACACGCCAUCAUCGAGAAGUUCGAACCUGAUGAAAACGCCAAGCAGAACAAGCUGCUAUCCAAAGAUGGCUUCCUCAUGUAUCUGCACCAUCCAGACACAAUGGUGCUCAAUUCAGAUCACAAAGAGGUGUACCAGGACAUGAGCCAGCCUCUCAGCCACUACUUCAUCUCCUCCUCACACAACACCUACCUGAUGGAGGAUCAGCUCAAAGGGCCCAGCAGCACUGAGGCAUACGUCAGGGCUCUGCUGAAGGGCUGUCGCUGUGUGGAGCUGGACUGCUGGGACGGAUCAGACUAUGAGCCAGAGAUUUACCAUGGCUACACCCUGACCUCCCGAAUCCUCUUUAAAGAUGUCAUCAAAGCCAUCAAGGAGUACGCUUUCAAGACAUCGGAUUACCCGGUGAUCCUGUCUUUGGAGAACCACUGCAGUGUGGAGCAGCAGGAAGUCAUGGCCCAGCACAUGAGCUCCAUCCUGGGCAGUGCACUCGUCACCUCCCCCCUGGGUGAGGGCAUGCCUGCAGAUUUUCCAUCCCCUGAGGAGCUGAGGGGUAAGUUCCUGAUCAAGGGGAAGAGGCUAAACAAACUCGAGGCUACGUUCGCUCCUGAGGCAGCAGCGGCCGACGACACAGAUGUCACAGAGGAGGAGGAGUCGAAUGAUGACGAGAAGGAGAAGGAGGAGGAGGAGGAGGAGGAGAAACACAAGAAAAAGAAGAAGCUGAAACUGGCCAAAUCACUCUCCGAUAUGGUAAUCUACUGUAAGAGCGUCCACUUCAAUGGCUUUGAAGAUGCAAAGAAAAACCUGAGUUUCUAUGAGAUGUCGUCUUUCAAGGAGGGGAAGGCUAUGAAUCUGGCGGAGGAUUCAGCUAAUGCCUACAUCAAACAUAACGUAGAGAAGCUAAGCCGAAUCUAUCCAGCUGGCUCGAGGACCGACUCCUCCAACUACAACCCUGUGCCUCUGUGGAACGCUGGCUGCCAGAUUGUGGCCCUUAACUUCCAGACCACCUGCAGUGACAUGGAUGUGAAUCAGGGCAGAUUCCUCAUAAAUGGAAAGAGCGGCUACAUCCUGAAACCGGCCUACAUGAGGGAUGUAAACACAGAGUUCGACCCCAUCACCCUGACUCGAGGGGAAUGGCUGAAACACAAGACGCUACACAUCAUGAUGGUAUCAGCUCAGCAGCUUCCCAAAGUGAACAAGAAGAAGUCAUCCAUCGUGGACCCGCUGGUUAAAGUGCAGGUGUUUGGAGUGCCAGCUGAUAAUGCUGAGAAAGAGACAAGUGCUGUGGAAAACAAUGGCUUUAACCCUGCAUGGAACGAAAACUUCCAGUUUGAUGUUUAUGUGCCGGAUCUGGCUCUGGUGCGCUUCGCUGUUGAAGACCAUGACUCCACGUCUGAUAAUGAGUUUAUCGCACAGUACACGCUCCCAUUCAACAGCCUAAAAAUGGGAUACAGACACGUUCCUCUCUUCAACAAGAAUGGAGACCUGCUCCCCUCAGCGGGACUCUUUGUACACAUUAUGGUCCUGGACGCAGAGUGAGACGUCACAGAUUGGCAUAAUUCUGUCUGCAGGAUGCCUCUUCACACCACACAGCCAUUUUUAAGCUGGUUAUCUGGAUUUUAUAUUCUAGUAUAUAUUUCCCUUUUUUUCUAGUAUUAGUGUAUGAUUAACUUAUUGGCUUCUCUCCAGUAGUUUAAGCAGCUACUCUAAAUCUUUCUCCUCUGACGGGACAGUAGCAUCAUUAGACAGAGCUUAAGAGUUCUAUCUGCAACUGAAAAUUAUUUGUAUUAAGUGAGUAAAAGCAUGCAAACACAACACAUGCUAUAAUGCUCCAAACACAUUGUAUGAGUUGUUUCAUACACACUAUUUUAGUGUUGUUCAGUUUGCAAUGGCUUAGAGAUUUAGGCCUGGCUCCCUCAUUUCUGUCAAUGUUUUGUGUAUUUAAAUCUUUAUAUCCAAAUGACUUUUUUUUCUGAAUCUUUAGAAACAGACGCCAAUACAAAAACAAUGUGCCUUGUCUUCAUCAAUAGUUAUUUUAGUCAGCAAAUAUGAUUAUUUUUUAUGUGACAAUAUUGAGAUAACUUCUUUGUCUU